AAUAAAACGACGCCGAUUCUUUUUUUCAUCCCAUAGAAAAAGGCUUUUUGCUUAAGAUAAGCAUCGGAGAGUCACAGACCCAUGCUGCAAACAGCGGCGCCACCCCCCGCCGACUUCCAUCACGCAAUAAAACCAUUUUCACAACAUGGACAUGGGAAGGUCUCCUUGUUGUGAGAAAGGAACCUGGACCAAAGAAGAAGACGACCUGAAGACGACCUGCUCAUAUCUUACAUCAAAGCUCACGGGGAGGGCUGUUGGAGAUCGCUCCGAAAAGCCGCCGGCCUUCUCCGUUGUGGCAAGAGUUGCCGCCUCAGAUGGAUUAACUACCUCCGCCCUGACCUCAAGCGAGGUAAUUUCACCAGUGAAGAAGAUGAAAUUAUAGGGCUGCUUACCUUAACAAGGUGGAAAAGGCUGCCGGAAAAAGAAAAUAAAAAAAGAAACGGUGU